UGGACUCUCCCUGACGCCGUUGUCGCGGAAGUAAAAAGUCUACGUGGGGAAGAAAGGUUGGACUGGCUGUGUUUGAAUACCUUAAACUCUAACAUCACCCAUGUCCAAUCCAGCUCCACUCUGUCCCUGGUCGAACCAGUCACCCUCCUGCCCUGGGAGGCAAAUGAAGGCGUUGAGCGGCAUCCGGGGUGUAUAAAUGGUGAGGCCAGCAGACCUGAGGCGGUAAUGCUGCGCCGGGUGCGGCAGUCUCUCCGGCAGGUGCUGUUACUGAUGGCCCGGAGACCAGACAUUCUCUGCGGGGCCAUCGUGCUCAGCGUCCUGCUCAUGCUGGCGGUGAAGUUCACAUGCAGCCGCGCUAAGGAUGUGGUGGCGGCGGCGCGGCCUCCGGUCCGGUUCUUCUCUGUCGAUGCCCCGGUAGUGGACCUCUACUUGGGUCAGCUAGACCAGGUGGAACGUCUCAGGAGCAUGGCCGAGGUGUCUUUUAUUUUCUUCUAUGCUCCCUGGUGUGCUCACUCCAUGGCUGCUCGACAGGAAGUGACACAGGUUGCUAAGAAUCUGGCCAAACAGGUGCAGUUUGUGGCUGUUAACUGCUGGUGGAGUCGAGGGAAAUGCAGGAGGCAGAAACGUUUCUAUCACUACCCCAUCAUCCAUCUGUUCUACAGAAGGUUUGGGCCAAUCGAGUACAGAGGACCGUUUGUGGCUCCAUAUAUUGAAAGUUUUACCCUCAGAGUCAUCACACCACUGACUUACCUCCCGACCAGAGCGCAUCUCGAAAACUUCCUGUCCCAGCAUGAGUCUGGUGUGGUGGGUUUCUUCCAGUUCAAUUCCUCUCCACAGCCUCCAGGGUACAUCACCUACCUGUCCUCUGCCCUGCAGACCCUAAGGAGAGAUGUCCACGGCGUUGUGCGGUUUGGAGUUGUGACGAGCAAACACGUGGCAGAGGCCGUCUCACUCAGAGAGGAUGAAACGGUUUACCUGCACAGAAGAUUCAACUCUUCUUUGAUUUUUCCAAGAAAGAAGCUAAACUUUACAUCGGAGGCCGUCUGCAAGUGGGUGUUUGAGCACUAUGAGACGGUCGUCCAGUGGCUGCUGCCUCCGGGGACGAAGUCCCGCCUGCUGGAGGGCGAGUUGACGAAAGGCCCUGCACUGCUUCUGUUUAUGCCACAUGACCCCCUGCAGUCUGAGCCAAGUGCCAUACUACAGCAGUUUGCAGACAUUGCUGUACGUUAUCACUCCUGCGAGCGCUCCAGCGCAGACGACCGUCUGCCCUUCUACACCUCGCUGUGCUGCCGAUCUGUUCCCGUUCCGGAGUCCAGAACCAGCGCAUGCGAGGUCUGCCUCAGGCUGUCCGGGCCGAGCCUCCCCGUCUCCUCGGCUCGCUGCUUGUUUCCCUCCGCUUCGCAAGAAGGAGACCGAUUCGGGACUUAUCUGAACCGCUGCUGCCUUCACCAGCCACCCUCUCCCAUAUCCAUGAUAAGUGCGACCUCGGAGGGCUGCAGCCACUACGUGAGCAGCUACAGUCCCUUUACUCAGUUCAGUGCCUGCUGUAAAACAUUAGAACCUCAGCUUAAUGAAUCACAAGCCAAAGAAGAGCCGGGACUUCCUCCUCCUCCGUCCGUCCCUCCAUCCUCUGCUCCCAUCCAAGAGGAGGAGGAGAACGACGGCAUCACAGGGCUGCAUUGUCGGACUAACAGGACUCUCAGGUUCUACGUGCUGGACAUUGGCCUCAACUGGCCUCUGGCCGAGCGACUCGGAGCGUCGAGCCAAAAAAACUCUCCUGUUCACAAAGGGGCUUCCACAGAAGGCGACGGCAACCGGGACUGGUCAUUUGUGGCCAUCGUCAACCUGAAAUACGAGGUUCAUUACGUUCUUCAGCACAACCCAGACGCCACGCUGACAGAGUCUCUAGAGACGUUCAUCAGGAACUUCAGCUCACCGCACAGCCAUCUACAGAGACAUUUGGUCGGAGAGGAUGACAGAAAGGAGGGUGGAGGCGGAGCCAAUCCUCCGGAGGAACAGCAGCAGCAGCGCCGCCUCGUCACCGAGUUGACCACUUCCUCCUUCGUGUCUUCCAUCAUGGACCAUCAAAAGGACGUGCUGCUGUUCUACUACACUCAGUGGUGCGGCUUCUGCUCCGUUCUCAACCACGUCCUCAUCCAGCUGGCCCGACUGCUGCAGGGGAACCACACCAUCACCGUGGCCAGGGUGAAUGUGGCUCGUAACGACCUUCCCUGGGAGUUCAUGGUGGAUCACGUCCCUUCCAUCCUGCUGUUCCCCAGACACAGAAAGCACCUCAGUGUGAAAUAUCCCGCCGACCUUCCCAUCACCUUGCCAAACCUCCUCCGCUUCAUCCUGCAGCACUCCGACUCUCUGCGUCAGGCCAACGGGUCGUCCGCCGUGGCGCCGGAAUCCGGCGCCGUACUCCACGCGGAGUUCCUGGCCCUCCAGCACGAAGUCCAGGCCCUGCACCACGCCCGCCAGCGGCUCUCGCAGCAGCUGGCGCAGCUGUGGCGCGAGAACCGCCAGCUGAAGUUCGACAUCCGCGGCAUCGAGCAGAGCCUGGAGAGGCAGAUGCAGGAGAAGAGCCGGCGGCUGGCCGAGGCGCUGAAGCGUCUGCAGGAGCUGGCGGACGCCUCGGAGACCCUGCUGAACGAGAACGUGCUGCUCAAAGUCCUGCUGAGGGCGCUGAGGGACAGGACGGAGGCCGACGAGCAGGCCGAGGCGGACCGAGAGGAGGCGGGACAGGAAGACGGCCGCCGAGCUUCCUGAUGACAGGGCGGCGACUCAGGAGGAGGACGUGAAGGCCAGACUGAAGGCGGAGGAAGUAAAAGCUGUGAUUAGACUUUUAACAAGUGCAGAAAGAAGAGGAAUGUACGCUUCUGCAAACAGGAUGUCACGUUAAACCUAAACUUAAAAAAGGUUGUUGGUUUGCUGUUAACACUGAGAUUAACCUGGGCUCUUUAAAAAAGAAAAGAGAGAAAGAUGGAAACAUGAUGCACUUUUAUAAAGUGCUUUGAUUACAGCCACUCAUGGAAACACACCGGUUCAUUUCUGAUAAAUCGUUUUCAGCCAAAUCCGUCAUUUUUGAUUCCUGUACAAUUUAAAGCUGUGGUAGGUAACUUUUAUUUUUUUUAAAACAGCCAAAAAACAAACAAAUGUCUUUUGUUUGCACAUUUGUUAAAACUUUCACCAUGUCAUGAAUUUAGUUUGAGACAGAAAAUCAGAGAAAAUCAGAAAAAGAGUUUGCUACUCUGGUGUCCCCAAAAUAACUGUAAAAAUACGCCACUCGGUCAGAAACAGCCAAUCAGAGCUUGGAGCAGUGUCUUGGUGCUGUCAAUCAAGCUCAUGUAGGAUUGUGAUGACAGCAGAGCCAGUUGUGAAUGCAAAGGCUUGUUAGCAUUGCCACUGAUGACAGAGGAUAAAAGGUGUUUUUCAGCCAUUUAGCAGUAUGUAUACGGGAUUGAUUGGCAGCGCUAACACCUGGCUCUGAUUGGUUGUUUUUGAACGGAGAACGGUGCUUUUUUUUUUACACAGCAAUAGCAGAUUAUCUCUUUUAUAUCAUUACAACUUUUUUAACAAAUGUGUUAUAUAUAUAUAUAUAAAAUCAAAGUUACACGCUGCAGCUCUAAUGACAGCAUUAAAGCUGAACACUAGUAUCCAGGAAUAAUUACAUGUAUUACAUGAAAUGGACAUCAAAAGGUUUGGCUGACGUGGGAAAGAAUCCAUCCGGUCAGCUUGUUGGCUCCGAUAAAACCAGUCCAACUGGGAUGAAUUCCAGUUGCUUCCUUUCAUCUUUCACAAUAAAAGCCAUGUCAUAAAACAAAGACUGUUAAUUUUUAUCAAAAGGAUUAGAGGAGCCGUCAUGGUUCAGUCGUGGAGGACCUUUCUUUAGACUUGCUGAUGGAGGAAAGAUCUGUGAAAUAAAAAAAAAAAAACGAAGGGCCUUUUGUUUUCCACCUCCUCUGUGUGAACUCACCUGCUGUCCAAGUGUCAAAUGUAAAACCAUCUUUUACUUCAGUUUGUGUUGAAGUGUGAGCCUUUUAACUUUUUCACAAGGAAUUGCAACCUAAAUAUAAUUAGUAAUAUAAAAAAUAUAUUUUUCUACAAACUGUCCACCUGUUUUUUGGGGGGGUUUUUGCAUUAAUUCGACGCUUCCAUAUUUCUCACACAGUUAAGUGGGUGUUUUCUUAAUGAUUAGUAUAAAUCCACAGAUUUUAAGCGAAGCGUUGAUGUAUUUACCAGAGGAGAGAAAUCUCUUGUCUCAUCCUACCUUUUUUUUUUUAAAAUAUAUAUAUAUAAUUUAAUUCAAAGCAUGGUUGUAAUGAUGGGUUUGCUACACUGAUUUAUUUUUACAGAAAUCUUUGACUCACUAAGAUAUUUCUAUGUAACUAUUCAGGUAUUCAGAAUGAGAUGCUGCAGUUGUUUACAUGUGAGAUAUUGCACCGGUUUUUACUGAUUAAACGUCUCGGCCUUUC